UGAACAUCUCCACCAAUGCCGACGUCAAUUAUGUCUACUUCUUCCAGUAUCAUUCAUCAUCUUUCUCCUCCUAUUACCUCUUGUUCUUUUUCGUCUUCUUCCACCCUUAGAGGCAUCUUUCUCUCUUUCUUCCCCAGAAAUCCAUCUAUGAAAACACCUCUAUCGAUGAACAAACGAACCAACUUAAGCGUCCGAUCAGCAGUAGCCAUUGAGAAAGAGACUCCACAGGAUGAACGCCCAGAUACAUUUCUCCGUGAAUCCGAUGGUCCAUCGUCCUCCGUUAGGGCUCGCUUCGAGAAAAUGAUCAGAGAUGCUCAAGAUGAUGUCUGCACGGCCAUAGAGGCCGUGGAUGGCGGCGGCAAGUUCAAGGAAGAUGUGUGGUCGAGGGCCGGCGGUGGUGGCGGUAUCAGCAGAGUUUUGCAGGACGGUUGGGUGUGGGAGAAAGCUGGUGUUAAUGUGUCUGUUGUGUAUGGAAUGAUGCCCCCUGAAGCUUAUAGAGCUGCCAGGGGUGAGAAUGCGGUGGAGAAGCCCGGCCCUGUACCCUUUUUCGCAGCCGGAAUCAGUUCGGUUUUGCACCCUAAGAACCCUUUUGCGCCAACUUUACACUUUAACUAUCGGUACUUUGAAACAGAUGCUCCAAAAGAUGCUCCUGGAGCACCUAGACAGUGGUGGUUUGGUGGAGGCACUGAUUUGACUCCUGCCUAUAUCUUCGAGGAGGAUGUCAAACACUUUCAUACGGUAUAUACACAUGAUACAUUGAGUGCUUUGGGGGUUUGCUACUUUUCACCCCAAUAUCCUAUGAUCUUCUUGUUAAAAUAUUAG